AAAAAGGAAAAAAAUAAAAUUCCAUUCCAUACCCAGCCGUCAGCCUCACCUCACGCUCUCUCUCUCCCCCUCGUCGUCUUCAUUCACGCGAACCAGCACCAGCGUCGAUAGCAACCUCCAUCGCACGACCAGCGCCGCCGCCGCUUCACUGCUCCGCUGCCUGUCGCUGCCCUCGCGCCGGCAACCUCGUCAGAACGUCGUGCGUCGCCGGUGACAGGUCGCCGCCGUUGCUGAAUCUCGGACGCCCUCCUCGAAUUUCUGUUGCGUUAGUCUCUCUCUCUCUCACAUAUCCCCUGGUUGCAGUCCGAUCGACAGCCCACCAGGUCCAUCGCGCCGCCGUUCGCUGCCUCCGGCCACCGGAUUUUUGGUUUUUAGUACUUUAGACAUGGACGUCGAUCAUUAUGCUAUUCUUGGGUUACCCUCGGGUGAGCAAGGUGCCAAGCUCACAGAGAAAGAGAUAUCUAAAGCGUACAGAGCAAAGGCUUUGGAAUUGCACCCUGACAAGAGGCCAGAUGAUCCAAAUGCCCAUGCCAAUUUCCAAAUGCUGAAAUCAUCCUACGAGAUUCUAAAGGAUGAGAAGGCAAGGAAAUUAUUUGAUGAUCUUCUAAGAGUCAAGUGUGAGCAGCAUCGCCGACAAACUGAGCGUGAUUCUAAACGCCAGAAAAUGAUGACGGACCUUGAAGCAAGAGAACGAUCUGCAUUUGCCCCUGACCCUGCUGCAAAAGAACUAGAAGAGGAAGAAAAAAUUGCCAGAAAGUUAAAGGAAGAGAUUGCUAGAAUUCGAGCUAUGCACGCAAAGAAAGGAGCACCUACAACAUUUCCACCAAAGAAAGAGACUGGGAGAGUUGGAAAGAACAUUGAUGGUGAUGCUGGACCUACAAUGGACAAAGAGAGGAUGCUUAAGGUUUCAUGGGAGAAGAUUGGUGAGGAUUAUACAGCAGAGAAACUUAGAGAGAUGUUUUCAAAGUUUGGUGAGGUUGAAGAUGUUGUUAUUAGGCAUAACAAGAAGAAGAAAGGUUCAGCAGUCAUUGUAAUGUCAAGUAAAGAUGCUGCAGUUGCUUCUACUAGAUCUAUGCUUGGUGAUCUAUCUAACCCUUUGCUAGUUUUGCCUCUUCAACCGGUUUCUUCAGUAGAGAUGCCCAGUGCUGAGAGAUCACCAGAACAUAAUCGAUUGAAUAAUUUGGUAGGAGCUGGUUACCAAGCAUUUGAAGAUUCUAUUUUAAAGAAACUCCAAAAGGCUGGUGAGAAGCAAAAACAAUAAGUUAGCACUACAAAGAUCAGUUUUACCAUAUGAAUUGAGAACACCCUUGUCAUGAAUGUUGAGACCAUUGAGAGGUACCUUCAGUUAUUGUUUAUGCAUGAGAAUCAUGGUCCGAUGAGUAUGAUACCAAUUAAAAUAUUUCUAAUUAAUACUCAGACUCUUGUUCAAUAUAUCAAUUCAAUUCAACGAGUCUUGAUGGAAAGAACAAACACAUGAGUGUCGUAUAUGCUGCUGAAGAUUUGUUUGUAAGUGCUGUAUCCUUUUCCAUUACUCUAUUGAAGGUCCUUUAUUAGGCUGAAUGAUUCAUACAAGUCAUAAUGUUUGAGUAGCUAGCUGGUUCUAUUUCUUUUAGAAGUAAUGGCAAAAGUUAUAUUCAUCAGACUUAUAGUUUCUCGUCUGUACUUGUGUAAUCGAACAUCUCUAACUCUAACACUCUGUUCAUGUAUUUGUUUUUCUUUCUAUAGAUCGAGCAUAGUUCACUUGAUUGUUUGUCUAUUUAUUUUAUGGCAUUGUUGAGUUGAUAGCUACGAUAUUGUUUUCAAUUGUUUAUUGUUUCUGAAUUCUGGGAAUGCCAAAAGUUGGAGCAAGUCAAAUAGCAAGCACUACUUAGCAUUUAGUGGUUUGCAGGUCUGUUCUGAUAAUAAUCAUUGUUAUUCUCGAUCUGAUAACUUAUUGUUAUAGCUCGAUCUUAUACUUCACCAUACAGUACGUCGAGUUUUGGCACGAAGAGGCGUUUAAGUUGCAUUGUAGUUGGGUCCAAUUUCAUAUAUUAUGGCUAGCAAAGAAUGCAUAGCCUCAACUCCUCAGUGACAGGUCUUACCAUGAUAGAUUUUGGCUUUGUUCCCUCCACCAGCUGCUUUGGUUAUGGUUUUUUGCACCUGGUUUCAAGCUCGCAACUUAAAUUUAUCCUCGAAUUUGCCGUUCUGCAGCUAUUGGCAUAGGAUUUUGGCUGCUGCUUUCAAAUGUUAGACUUCUAAAUUGUCGAUGUACUGUUACCGGCCAUUGUACAAUUAUCAGGUUUUGAGUACUUCAGUCUUUAUGUAAUUUGCUUCUUCAGUUUCAAUGGCAGGAAAAAAUCACAAGGUUUGAGCUUGAAUAUUGUAUUUUUCUUCAACAAUUUUAGAAUGUUUAGUUUUAGGCCUGUUCAA